UGUUUAUUCAAAACAAACUAGUGUUCAACUGACAAGAAGCACUUUACAUUUAGAGGGUGGGGUGGAGGUUCCAGAAGAUUUUAUUGAUGCCAUAUCCUGUGAAAUUAUGUCAGUGCCUAUCGUAUUACCAUGUGGAAAAAAUAUUGACCAAUCAACUUUGGAGAAACACAACUCUGUAGAGGCAUCAUGGGGUAGAUUACCCAGUGACCCAUUUACAGGGGUUCCCUAUGACAACAAAAACAAACCAUUGCCAAAUGUACAUCUGAAACUUCGCAUUGACAAAUUCAUGAUGGAAAAUGGUGACAAACUUCAGCAUAUACCUAGAACACUUGGUAGAAAAACAGACAAUUCUUCUGUUUAUGCAGAAAAUGAACCUAAAACAAGCACACUGGUAGAAAGCUCUGAAAUGAGAGGAAAUAAUACUUAUUGUGAGCAAAAUGUGUCUGAUAGAAAUAAGCUUCAGAAAGAGGACUCCAGAAAGAGGAAGAAUACACAGCUAUGUUCUGACAUCAAAGGCAAAAGAUCUAGGAACACUGAAAAUAAUACGAGUAACACACAAUCUCUUGUCAGUACAUGUAAUACAGCAAACUGUGUGAUAGACCUGACAAAAGAUGAAAAGGCCUCAAUUAUUGGCAAAGUGUUAGCAAAGACAAAAUCUCAUGAGGAGGAGCUGAAAGAGAGCAUAAACUCUGCUUUCAAAGACAUUCUUAGCCAGCUACCAUCCUUUACAAAGACAGUGAACAGGUCUCAGGACAAUGCUGGACCCUCUAAUGUGAUUGACCAUUCUCAGAAGUUGAUAGAAAACCAAUGUAGUAGCUGUGAAGGGUCUAGUCAGACUAAUGAUUCCUUGUAUAGGGCCCCCUGUGGUCACCUCUUCUGUAGGAAAUGUUUACUUAAGCAGAGAAACUAUUGCUCUGUGAUAUUUGAUAAAAAUUGCCAGAAAACUUGGAAAUCAAAUGAAAUAUCUAAAGUUCAUUGAAUUUG